AGUCAUGCCGGACCAUCUCUGCUUUCCUCUGCAGGACCUACCAUUGUUGCCUCACACUUGAAGACAUCUGGGGGUGACGGCUGUGGUACCAAGCAAGCCUGAUGACAUCAGAGGCAUUCUUCAAAGUGGGAGAUGGGGAGGAGACCAUGCUGAGGAAGGAAAACCUCCACGUUCUGGAUGCACUCGAGCAAAUGCCGAAGCCCUUUCUAAACCCCAAGUCCAUGAACAGGACCGUCACUACCAAAGGACUCCCACUUUCUGCAAGGGGCAGUUUGGUUAACGUCAUGGAGGAAGAUUCCAUCAGUCUCCCGAAGCCCAUGCCACUGGCAGACUCUGACUGCAGCUCUGACGACACCAGCAUCUCCCCCAUCUCAUCCACCUUGUUGAAUCCUAUCAAAUUGGCUGUGAUCCAGCCCAACAGCAGCUUCUUUGCAGGGAUGCUGGAGGGUGAGCUGAACAAGCUCAGCUUUUCAUCACUGGCCAAGAAAACAGAAAAGGGCAACAUGGCUCUCUGCCCUCACCAAUCUAAGUCCCAAACGGCCCCUGGGGGCCUGCUGGACCUCGACAAACCCGAAGCAGACACAGACACCUCUUCAACUCCCUCUGAGUCAUCCGUGGUCAUGGAUGUGCCAGAGCCACCCUUCAUCUGCGAACACACAGUCGGGGAUUCCAAGGCUAUGAUUUCCUGGACCUAUGCCUUGGGCAAGCAGCAAGUCAGUUUCUACCAGGUCCUGUUACAGGAGGUGACCAGGAAAAAUGACAACAAACCACCCAAGGCAAAGAGUCGCCCAUGGAUCUUCAACAAGAUCUUGGGGACCACUGUCAAGCUGAUGGAGCUGAAGCCAAACACGUCUUACUGCCUCACUGUCCGCGCAGUCAAUACAGCCGGGGUGGGGAAGUGGUGCAAGUCCUACAAAUUUGCAACCGUGUGUACUGACUUUAACAGUUUCCCUGAGAACAAUCCCAUCCAGAUCACGGUACAGCGCAAGGAACCCCAGCGAAGGACUGUGUCUCUUGGGCUGGAGGACAUGCGGAGGCUGGAAGAUCUGGAAUACCUGUUUCCCUACUAAGGCGGGGACGGGGCUCUUGGAAGCCCUUCACCUAGCUUCAGCAUUGAUCCAGAGCCCACAGGAACCAGACCAUGAAAUGUACCACCAGCACUCUGCCAGGGCACUGCUGACACCCCACGAGCCCAGGGCCUGGCAGGACUGCUACAGGAAUGCCACGCCUGGACUGGGCCCAAGCUAGCAAGGUGCUACCCUCACCUGGACACAACGCAGCUCAGGCCACACUCGACCACUGCCCACAGAUGCUAAGUCCCCUCCACCCCCAGAUCUGGGCUGGGUCCAGGUCCCUCA